CCCAUCUCAAAAUUCCCAACCGCACAGCUCUUAUUUGGCCAAGAGUCUGCACUAUAAAGUACCCAUCCCGCCCGUUGCCAGAACAUUCACAGCCCCCAACCCCGCGGUGGACAGAAAUGCCACCACCCCGCCCGCGCGACCCAUUCCGCAGCACACAUCUCAUCUACCGCGCCGUGCGCACGCCAGGGGACAACGCGCUCUUCACAGCGCUCAACGAGGACCGCAUCGGGUACCAGAACGGCAACGCGUCGAACGCCAAGCUGCCGGGGCAGAAAGACGCGGAGAACUACCAGAAAUACGUCGCGGAGGAGACGCUGAUUGGCGCGGUGAUAUGUUUACCGAAGGCGAUGGGCGCGGGUGAAGAAGAAGAUAGGGAAAGCAAAGAGGGAAAGAGGGAAGUCAGCGAGGACGACGAGGCUGGUAUAGCUAUUGGCUGCGUGCAUCUGAAAGCCUGCCCGCCGCAUUUUGCGCACCAUCGCAAUACCGAGAUUGGUAUUGACAUUCUUCCGGAUUAUCAGGGGAGGGGGUAUGGCGGGGAGGCGAUCGUGUGGGUGCUUCACUAUGCGUUUCGGAGGGUCGGGCUGCACAAGGUUAGGAUACGCGCGUUGGGGUGGAAUGAGGGCGCGAUCAAGCUGUAUGAGCGCCUUGGUUUUAAGCAUGAAGGGAGAGAGAGGGAGGCGCUGUGGCAUGAGGGGCGAUUCUGGGACGGCAUCGAGAUGGGGAUGAUUGAUCGAGAGUGGUGGGAGAUGCAACAGUCUGCCCAUGCUGCACUCAGAGGCAUGUGAGUCUCGACUGUCUGUAGAAGGUGCCGAGAUGCGGAAGAGGUGCCAGCCACGGCAACGCGAGAAUCUCGACAAAGCAAUAUUCGACGGAUGUUUCGGCGAUACGAUCUCCCCUAACUCAUCUUGUGCUGCACAGGAGCACGUAUGUCGCUGAGAUCACGCAUAGCGAAGCGUAUGAGGCUGCGACGGGAGCCGAAGUCGAUGAGGUCAAUAUCAAC